CAAAAGGAAGAUUUGCACCGCCGUUGAGGUGAGACCUUUAGCUACACCACCCAUCAAUCAAAGGAAUCCAACAAUUUUCUGCAGCUAGGUUGACUCUCCACACUCCACAGCCGAAGUUAUAUAAAAAGGGCCUCCCAGACUCCAAAAUCCAGAGUCCUAGGCCGCCAAUACCAACCCAAAAAUACCAUGGGUGGUAGCAAUACUAGUCACAGUAACCUCAAGAAUGCAGUCAUAGCAUUUCUAGUUCCCCUGCCCUCCAUCCUCUUCUACCUCACUUUCCUCAACCACUACCAGGAUGAUGAUCCCAAUUUGCUUUCCCCUGUAUGGAAAUGGUGCUAUAACCACCCUAUCCUGCUAGCCAACAUCUUCUUUUUCUUCAAUGUCAAUGUUCUCUUUUGGCUCAUUUUUUUUUUCUACAACAAUCUUUUGCAGAUGAUUGAUCCGUAUUGGACGGUGAUACCUGUUUUAUUGGUGCACUACUAUACAAACCAUCCACCGGCAGUAGAGAAUAAGUGCAAUGUUUGGAGAUCAAGAAUUGUAACAUGUUUGACGUGGGUUUGGAGUAUUAGGCUCAGUCAUAACUACUUUCGCCGCGAAAAUUGGCAAUGGGUUGUUAGAGAGGAUUGGAGGUUUACUGAUAUGAAGCAUCAGUAUGGCAAAUGCUGGUGGUGGGUUUCUUUCUUUGCUGUUUACUUGUCCCAACAGGUCUUUCUCAUGGGAAUAUGCAUGCCUAUGUAUGUGAUCCAUUUAGAGAACAAGCAACUAGAUAUCUUGGACUUUGUUGGAAUAGCAAUAUGUUUGUCUAGAAUUGCAAUUGCUUAUUGUGGCGAUACAAAACUUCAUGAUUUUGUGAGUAGAAAUAAGAAGCUAAAAGAGCUUGGCAAGCCAGUUGUUCCCAACCUUGACAAAGGGCUGUGGCAAUACUCAAGACAUCCAAACUAUUUUGGGGAGCAGUUGUGGUGGUGGGGACUAGUCAUUCUUGCAUGGAACUUGGGUUAUGGCUGGACUUUUGUUGGCUCACUCAUCAAUAGCCUGUGUUUAGCUUAUGUAACUGUGCUUGUGGAGAAGAGGAUGUUGAAGCAAGAUUACAGGGCUGAAGCAUACCAAUUGUACCAGAAGACAACUUCAGUGUGGAUACCUUGGUUCAGGUCACCGUUGAUAGGAAAAUCAAAGAACACUUGACUCAAGAACGGUACAUGUAAUGUGUUUUAGAAUUAUGCUUUGGAUAAGUAUUGUCAAUUAAGGAUCUUUCUUGUAUCUUUUGGGAUUAAUAGAAGUGAGAUAUCCUCUCUCUAUCCCUUUGCUCGAAAUUUCAUUAUUGGCACUUCUCAUUCUAUUCGAUAGGUGUAUGGCUAAAACCACAGAAACAGCACAUAUGCUAAUGGUUUCUCAUGAACAUGGUACCAGUGAUGUGCAUUCUUGGUGUAGCCAGAUAGUUUGGUAAUGAAGUUUCAAUUGUAUCAUGGUUCUUUGGGGAUGGUUGUAUGAAAAGUUGGAAUUUAGAAAUGGUUUGCUCA